AUGUCCUCUCUGCACACGUCCUUGACAUGUGCUUCUUGGCUGUGUGGGUGCCCGCCCCCUCCCCCUCCCAACCCCCCUGCAGCAAGCGGUGGCGUUCUAUCAGAACAGUCCCACCCGUCCUCACCGCAUCAACCACUCUUCCUCCCAUCCACGUGGCGCCCACGCAAACCCCCACUGAAACGCGGGGAAGGAGCGGGGAAGCUUCUGUUCAUAGACGCCCACGUGGCAGGGGCGGCAGGGGACAUGCUAGUAGCAGCACUGCUGGAUCUGGGCGUGCCAACAACAGUGGUGGAGGGGGCAGUGGGGGCGAUGGGGCUGUCUCAUGUGACUUGCAGGGUGGAGGCCACUCAACGAUCCGCUAUCACUGCUCCGCUCUUCUCGGUGGAUGACGGGGCGAGCCAGCCCUACAGGGACUAUGCGGCCAUCCGCCAUCUGCUGGCCAAUAGCAGCCUGCCACGUGGCGCCAGGGCCAUUGCCAGCCGGGCGUUUCGGCUGCUAGCGGAGGCGGAGGCAUGCAUGCAUGGCAUGUCGGUGGACGAUGUUCAUUUCCAUGAGGUGGGAGCAGUGGACAGCAUAGUGGACAUGGUGGCGGCAGCAGCAGCCAUUGACUACCUCGCACCAUUGCACAUAGCAGCCUCGCCCCUCCCCAUGGCACGCGGCAUCAUCACUGGCGCUGUCCACGGCCCCCUGCCCUCCCCUGCCCCUGCCACGCUCGAGAUCCUGUGCCGGUGA